UUUACGCCCACAAUCAAAACGUUCUUGUUCCGAGACCAAGUGAUCCCAGCAGAAUCCAACACCAUGAACCCAUCAACGAUCGCACGCCAAAUCUACCGGCAUAUAGCGCUGGUAGUUCUACUACUCUGCCUAAUCACAAGUCCCACCGAAAGUAGGUAUCGGGAAAAAGAGCCCAAAAAAGUGAAAUCCCCGCAACAGAAUUUGCUCCAGACGAGUGGGAUCCAAGCAGCCUCGCCCCUGAUGAAUCUGUGUUCCGGGGAUCGAGAAAUGAAACUGGUAUGUCAUUGCAGUCCGGACGACACCCAUGUCAAAGCUCAGAAAGCAAACUGUUGGAUAUUCAGUAAAGACUUGCCCCGAAAAGAUCCCAACUGGUUAGCGUUCCAAACGCAAAAUACGCUGGAGCAACUGAAGAUAACAGUUCAAAAAAUAGGAAACCUUACGUACAUCCCUUCGGAUGUUAUAAUGACUUUAAAGAAUCUCAAACAGCUCACGAUAGAAUACGGAAUGAUCCCUGAUUUGCUUAACUACGCAUUCGGCAAUUUGACCGAACUACGAAACAUCACAUUACAUAAAAACCAAAUCAGGAUAGUGCAUCCAUUUGCGUUCGCCAACCAUCCAUUUCUGGAAGAGAUCAACGUGGAACGGAACGAAAUCAUCGAGCUAGAUAAGGAAGCACUCGUUAACUUGCCUCAACUCAAGAGGCUCAACUUGGACUUCAACAAUUUGACCAUGCUGAGGGAUGAUGUUUUCCUAUACCUUACUAGUCUAGACGAGCUAAAACUAGAGUCAAAUCAGAUAUCGCGUUUAACCAGGGAAAUCUUCAAAGGCUUAGGGAAUCUACGGUUUCUGAAGAUGACCUCCAAUACGAUCGAUUUUAUCGGUGAUACGGUGUUUGCGGAGCUAUGGAGUCUACAGGAGCUGGAUCUGGACGGAAACAGGAUUGAGAAAUUAUCGGCCCGAGCCUUCGACGGUCUGAACAACCUGCGACGACUCAACCUAGAAAACAAUCGCCUAACCCGACUGGAGCGGGGCAUCUUCACCGGAGUUCCAGCGGUUCUGUCGCUCAAUCUCAACUCCAACCAGCUGGAAACGAUCACUUACAACAAUUUUCUGCCCCUGAUGGACAACCUAGUCAACAGCACCGCGGUGAUACACCUGAAAGACAACAAGCUGGUCUGCGACUGUCGAUUGCUGUGGCUGUUUGAUCUCAAGAACGCAACCAAGAAUGAUGAGCUACGAUCGACCCUGCAGCAGAUCGAAUGCACUUAUGAUCUCAAAGAUAAUCGCAGUCCGGUGCCGAUUUCGGUGCAACAUCAGCUGAACGACUAUUCUCGACCCCACGACAUCCUGGGGUACGAUGACAGCAACGACUACGAAGAUCCGCAGCAUCACUUCACCGGACACCGGAGUAGUGGUAGACCUCAGUCACCACCUGGAGGAACAAACGGAUACCAAAUCGCAGACCAUUAUGACCGAAGUGCUUCCCUAGGGAUGAUCGGAGGAGGAGGAGGAGGACAGAAACUGUCCAAAUCUCCGACCGUUACCACCGGUGGGAAGCAACUGGUAAUGUUGAUGAAACUUCGCAAACAGGACAUCCUGCCCUGUGCCAAGGAAAUGGAUGAACCCACGGAACUUCCCUUAUCAAGAGAAUCUAUCGGUAUCGAUAUGGGAUGGCGGUCGUCGGCGAGUGCAAAUUCUGGGUUUUCAAAUGCUUCUACGAGCUUACACCGAUCAGUGUCCAGUUUGGUGCUGCUAGUCCUGAUAUCAGUGCUAGGACUUUGGUGUUAGCUUCAAAGGAAUUUAGGUGAUGCCGUUGGACAAAACAUCUAGGCAACAGUACAUCAACAAAAAGGUUGAUUUUUUGCCAUUCGGAUCAACUUGGUUUGAACCUAAUUAGUCCAAUUUGCCAUCGAACCGAUGUCCACCCACAUGCUCCGGAUCCUGCGAAUGCUUCUUCUUCGACUUUUUGCGAAAUUUAUUCCACUGGGGAAAAGUUCAGCUUAUAACAUUCCUAUCGAGCAGCAGGAGGAAGUGUAGAAAGAAAAUCCUGAAGAGCGUUUUUUGUGCCCCGCGAAAGCCAAAUUCUUCGGAUUGAGAACAGAAAAGAGCCUUUUCCGGAAAAUAUUGCCGGAUGCAUGUAAUCACCGAAAUUGAACAAAAUGAAAUUAAGCAAAUCGAAAAAUCUUAUUGCCAUUCUAGAUAUGAAUCGAUCGGAGAAGUUUUUGCCUCUACUUUUCAGUUUCGAACAUACAGUAAUUGUGCUGAUGACAGACAGAGCUGAUCGGAAAUAGUUAAUGUCAUAAAAAUAAUUUACAGAUGAAAAAACAGAAAAUAAAAAUGGAUAGUUUAUAAGAAAAUCAGUAAUCAUAAAAGUCCUUUGUAAAUAUUGUAUAAAUGUGAGCUCUCGAUGUGAAACCUUAAGCUAGUCUAAUGUCAAGAAAUACAUAUUGAAUAAACCAGAAUUGAAAUGUAAUAAGAAAACAGAAGACGAAGCUCACCGAGUGAUGCUGAACUCUAGGAUGAAAAAAAAACAUGAAAGAAUUUACACUUUCGAUAUUCUGAUAUGGAGCCUCUUGUCGAUGGAACGGAACUGAUAAUCGACAAAGAUAAAAAAAAAUGAAAUUUAGGAAAAACCCUGAUGAUACUUGAGCACAUCCUCCUUACC